AAAUAUAGCUCUCUUCAAGUACUUGAAAGGUUGUCACAAAUAGGAAGGCCAGGAUCUUUUAAUUAUCUCAGAUUGCAGGGCACAGGUAAACGAGCUCAAGCUAUAGGAAGCCAGAUUCCAGCAGAACAGAAAGAACUUCCUGGCUGUUAGAACAAUAUAAUGUAAUCAAUGACCUAAGGAGGUUGUGGGCUCUCCUGCACUUAGAGGCAUUCAAGGUGCAUCUGGGCAGCCAUCUGAGAGGGCUGGUUUAACUUGGAGUCCUGCACUGAGCAGGGGCUUGGGCCCAAUGGCCUUCUUGGCCCCUUCCGAUUAUUCUGUGAAACCAUGUUGAGUCCACCCUGUCUCAUUCCUGGGAGAGACCAGGAUAUUUGAAGCAGGAGUUAGCUCACCAUUCUCAGGCAUACAGCUUUACAUUAUUUUCCUAAGGAAAUGCCACAGAUGUUAGCAACAGGCAAGAAAAGAUGCUAGUAACUCAGAUACCAGGUAUUUGCUCCCUUUGGUACUUUGGCGCACACAACACACACCUAAAACACACACAAUAUAUUUGAAAUCAAACAAAUAGCACAAGCAAUUAUAUUCCUGUAGCAAACCUCAAAUCCAUCUUAAGUCCCUUUGAACAGGCAAAUUUUAUUGCCUAUUUCCUGUUCAAGGCCUCAGUGUGGAUGAUGUCAUAAUGCACACUCUUGGUGUCAAGAUUCUGAAACUCAUGGGCAUUCCUACCCUUUGAAAAUGGUGGUCAGCAAAUGUCUGCAGAUGAGAACCAGGAAAGAAAAUGUCAAGUAAAGGAAGUGCAAGUUUUGGCUCCAUGCCAUCAAAAAGAGGCACAAAAAUAAGGCCUGAGAAAAAACCUAGAGAGGAGGCAGAGUCAGCUCGUAGGAUGAUUGUGAAAGAGACCAGGGCUGUUGUUGUAGAUAUUGGUACUGGCUCCUGUAAGUGUGGGUUUGCUGGAGAACCUAAGCCCACCCAUGUUGUCUCAUCUACUGUAGGUAAGCAUUUCCAGGAGACCGCAAAAACUGGAGAUAAUAGAAAGGAAACUUUUGUGGGUAGAGAACUUCAAGAUGCAACGAUACCCCUGAAGCUGGUCAACCCGUUGAGGCAUGGGAUAAUAGUGGACUGGGAUACUGUUCAAGACAUUUGGGAAUAUCUCUUCCAAAAGGAGAUGAAGAUUCGGCCGGAUGAGCAUGCUGUUCUAGUUUCAGACCCCCCUCUGAGCCCUACCACCAACAGAGAAAAAUAUGCAGAGAUGCUCUUUGAAACUUUCUGCACCCCUGCCAUGCACAUUGCCUACCAGUCUCGAUUGUCAAUGUAUUCCUAUGGAAAGACAUCAGGCCUUGUUGUGGAGAGUGGCCAUGGGGUCUCGUACGUGGUCCCCAUUUAUGAAGGCUACACCAUGCCAAACAUUACUGAAAGGGUGGACUAUGCCGGAUCAGAUGUCACCCAAUACCUCAAGAAGUUAUUAAAUGAGUCCGUAAGAUUGUUCUCAGAGAAAGACUGGGAAAUCUUGGAAGAUAUCAAAGAGAACUAUUGUUUCACUUCCUUGGACUAUCAGCAGGACACAGCUGCACCUCCCAGGAAACACGAGAUUGAGUAUGAGCUUCCUGAUGGCCAACGAAUUAUUAUUGGCAAAGAGAGAUUCAUGUGUUCUGAAAUGCUCUUCAAGCCAUCCUUGAUCAACUCGCAGCAGCUGGGACUUCCGCUCCUGACCAUGACUUCCCUCAAUAAGUGUGAUGUCACCCUUAAAAAGAAGCUGAUGGGCAACAUCUUGCUGUGUGGGGGCUGUACCACAAUAAAGGGCUUUGCUGACCGCUUCCAGAGGGAGUUGAUUAGAAUGUGCCCAAAUGAUAAUCCCAUUUCCUCAGCCUCCUCUGAACGAAAAACAUCCGUAUGGAUUGGCGGUUCUAUCCUGGCAUCCCUCAAGACUUUCCAGCAGCUCUGGGUUCACAGGAGAGAAUAUGAAGAACGGGGGCCUUUCUACAUCUAUAGGAAAUGUUUCUGAGUUCCCGACAUUGAGGAAUCUCUUCCUCAGCACCCAUACCCUGCUUAGCUGGACCUCGAUGGGUUGAAGAAGUUCCCUCUUUCCUUUGUCAACAGUACCCAGCAAAACAAUUUUGUGACCUAUGACCUGUAUUAAAAGUUGUAACUGCA